AUGAUGACUCAACAUUUUACGGAGCGAACGCUAACCCCAGGAGGUGAUCUCAGCAUGCAAUGCGCUGCUACAGCGGAUAGACCUCCUCAGUUCACAUGGCAAAGGGAUGGCAUAGUUAUAACCAGCAACUCUGAUCCCAGAUAUUCAUUGGGUCAAAUAAUGCGACCAGAUGGCACUGUUCUCUCUCAACUGAACAUCUCCCGAAUAAGAGUGGAAGACGGAGGAUUGUACUCGUGUAUAGCUGAAGAGGGCGAUCGUGUUGCUGUUCACGAGAAUCGACUGGAUGUAUAUGGACCGCCUUAUAUAAGAGCUUUACCACCAAUCAAAGUACAAAGCGGCGAAACAGUGAAUUUAAGAUGCCCGUAUUAUGGAUUUCCCAUAAGUAAAAUAGACUGGGAGUACAAAGGAACAACGAUAACUUCAGACAACCUCUUUCAAAGAUACAAACGCAGCCAACAUAAGAAGCGAAAACUGCGUCGCAGUGUUACCAACAUUCACGGCGUACUCAGCAUCUUAGAAGUGAAUAAAGAUAACGAGGCCUCUUACACUUGUGUUGUGACUAGUCCGUCAGGAGAAAUGGCUAGACGGACUUUCGAAAUACAAGUAAUUGAAGCACCGGUUUUAGAAGACCUAUUAUUUGGUAAUAACCUGCAGGAAGGUCAGAUAGUCAAUAUUUACUGCAAUGUAAGAAGUGGCGAUUUACCGAUACACUUCGAGUGGUUAAAGGAUGGAAAACGGAUACCCAGUACCUUAAAGGUGGUGGAAAGGAGUUCAGAACUAUUCAGCGCUUUAAUAAUAAAACGAGUCUCACUUGAGCACUGUGGAACAUACACCUGUGUCGCUACUAAUCAUGUCGCUACUGUGAACAAAACUACAGAGCUGUAUAUAAAAGUUGCACCGAAAUGGGCUGAAGAACCAUCAAAUUCAUCUCUUCUCCUGGGCAGACGAGGAUCGGUAUCGUGUAGUGCUAGCGGAUAUCCAAAACCUCAAGUACACUGGAUGAAAAAAGAUGCUAUCCUCGGGACAUGGCAACCAGUGCUGGAAUUAGCUGGUGGUGGUAUUUUGAGCCUUGCAAAUGGAUCUCUAAUUAUAGACGAAGUAUCUUUGUCUGAUGAAGGCCUGUACUCUUGUAACAUUGAGAACGGAGUCGGAACACCUCUUAGCAAAACGAUUUGGAUCACUGUAAACAAACCAGUACAUUUUUCUGGAUCAUCAACAAAUGUAACGUCAAGGUUAGGUCAGUCAGUUGGUCUGGAAUCUAAUGCUUUAGGAGAUACACCCAUAACUAUACAAUGGAAUAGACAUGGCCAUGCUAUGGACGUACAUUCUCACAGGCAAGCAAAAUUAACAAACAAGAAAGAAAUUAGUUUAAAAAAAGAAGACUUAUGGAAACUAUCCGAAAUUAAGACAAAUUCAGGCCUAAGGAGUACUAUAAACAUUCAAUACGCGGAAGCAAGUGACGCUGGGUUGUACCAAUGUCGAGCUAGCAAUCCUUAUGGAAGUAGUAUAUUUAACGUGUAUGUUACUAUUUUGGAACCACCAACGCCGCCAACCGAACUCCGAGUCGAAACGGUUCUAUCACGGGUCGCUAGUAUAAGCUGGCGUACUAGCGAUCGCGUCGGAGCCCGACAUUACACAGUUCAAUAUGCACCAGCUCAUCUUAACGAUGUACGAUGGGAACUGGCUAGUACAUUAAAUAUUUCCAGCAAUGAUAAUGAAAUUCGACAAUCAUUCGAGAUACAGAAUCUGCGUCCAGCUAAUAAUUACGCCGUUAGAGUGGCGACUGUGAACCAGGUUGCUGUCAGUCGGUAUACGGAACCCGUUCAUUUUACCACGCAAGAAGAACCCAUUUUUAAAUGCAAAGGCUGUAAAGAUAUUAAAUAUUUAGCGCCAUCAUCGCCUCCCCAACAAAUCCGAGUCUCCCAAACUGAAGAACCAGGUCAGCUAAGAGUAUGGUGGUCAGCUCCAGAUACCUUGUCCCACAACGGCCACAUAACAGGUUAUCAUAUUAAGGCUGUACCGCAGAAUGUUGGACCAAUUUCAGAGGAAUCUGAUACUAGAAUGAUGAAAGUGUCACAUCAGACAGGAAAACAGGAGACGACGAUAAGUGGUCUACUAAAAAAUACAAGAUAUGCCGUAUCGAUAUCAGCUUUUAACAAUGCUGGUUCUGGUCCUUUUUCCCUACCAGUGUUUCAAGAAACAAGAGAAGGAGUAUUGGACUUAAAUGAAAUAUUUCUGAUAGCUCCCGAAAGUGCACCAUCCUCCGUCGAAUGUACAGCUGUAUCUCCCACAUCAUUGAGGAUUGGCUGGCAGCCUCUAAGCGCCCCAAGACAUGGUACUGAAAUCUUGGGAUACUCAAUACUGUAUGCGUCUGAAGAGAGUGAUUGGCAGAAUCAGACAUCUCUUCAUACGGAACAAUAUCUACAGAAUUUGUUAAAAUACGCUAACUAUACUAUUAAAGUAGCUGGAUACUCUAGUUAUGGAGUGGGGCCUUUUUCAUAUCCUAUUGUCUGUACUACAUUACAAGAUGUGCCAUCACCACCGGCUGAUAUUAAAGUAUUAGUACUGUCACCGACGGCAUUGCUUAUAAGUUGGAAGCCACCAGAAAAACCAAAUGGGGAAAUUCUCUAUUACACAGUUUACGUUAAACCAGUCGGGAGUGCUGGCGAUGCAGUAAUAACGCAAAGGAUGGAAUCAAGCCGGUACACAGCGGAAGUAACGGAUUUAAAUACAGGCCGUACUUAUGAGGCAUGGGUAUGUGCGUCUACCCAUGUUGGCGAAGGUCGUGCUAGUAAGCGACUAACUCAAACGCCCACAAAUCGAGUCGUAGCAGGCGUAUCAUCGUUAGGAGGAACGAUAUCCGUUGGAGCUGGUUCAUCUCUCCUAUUGAGAUGUGAAUGUGUAGGAUCUCCAGCCGCACGUACUGUAUGGUACCACAACCAUAAUAUUAUCACUCACCAUCCCAGGUUCACCAGAAACCAUGACGAUACGUUACUUAUUAAUAAUAUAGACGAGUCUCUGAGUGGUAACUACACGUGCCUAGCUAAGAACCUAUAUGGAUCAGAUUCUGUCAAGUACACAGUAGUAGUCCAACCUUUACCUGAUUCUCCAGAACUCCGAGCUACACCAUACAAAGACUCAAUAUUGGUUGAAUGGGAACAGCCACACUAUACUAUGAUGAAUAAGACGUUGGGACAAAAAAUAACUUAUAGUCUUACGUGGAAAGAGGCAAAUGGCCCAUGGCAAGAGGCGUGGCCAGCGAAUGAGUUACCAAAUAUAUUAAAUACCCAAAAACAUACACUAACGGGACUAAAGUGUGGUACAAAAUAUUCGCUAAGAAUCACUGCUACUAACAAAGUGGGAACGUCCCAACCAGCAUAUUUGGAUAUUAGCACUUUGGGAGGAGUGCCUAUUCCACCAACAACAAAUGAAUGGUUAUGGAGCAAUAGCUCUCAUGUCUAUAUACAAUUAGCGGGAUGGGACGAAGGUGGAUGUGAAAUGAGAGCGUGGGAUGUGGAGUAUCGAGCACUUGGAGCAAGAGUUUGGACGAGAGCAAGAAACACGCUGACUUAUGCAGAUACAAGUUGGAGUUUGCCUCUCUACCAAGUUCCUAGUUACCGUUCAAGUUCAUUUGCUAUACCUGACCUCUCUCCUGGUACUUGGUAUCAAUUGCGAAUCACGGCCACAAAUGAAGCUGGAAGUAUGAACAGUAUUUACAAUUUUGCAACUAAAAAUAUUGAUGGUAGUGAGGUCGGACCACCCUCGGAGAUUUUCGACUUAAAUAUGCUCGUUAUAAUAUCUAGUUCAAUACUGCUCUUGCUAUGUCUAAUAUGCUGUAUAUAUAUUUUACUAAAGAGGCAAAGAAAUGUAAAUUUCACCCAAUACAGGGAUUCUUUGACUAUCGACAACAAAUCCGAGAAUGGAAAUCUUGCGAAUAAUAUAUCGCACAACAAUCUUACUAGUGCUGUCAAAGAUAAUGCUUUGAACGCUCAAAACAGGAUCUAUAGUACUCCUAUACCAGUCAGAAAUAACAGUAAACAUGAAUUAUAUGAAAUAAGCCCAUACGCACAAUUUGCUGUUGGCUUUAGGACAUUUGGACAUGUGGAUAACCAGGAUCCACCGAUUGGAAACCACAAACAUAAAUAUUGUGAUACAGAAACAAGUUUCCAAAUGUGUUCCGAAUGUGAGGAUAGCGACACAAUAUCGAAGUAUAGCGGAAGUAAAUGCUCUAGAGGACAAUUCACGCUCGCGUUACCCUGUCACAUCAAGUUGUUCCGUUCAACGCGUCUGACUACGCCAGACGGCUACAAAUGGACGUGA